AUGCCGUCUUUGGCAAAGCCUUCCCAGAAGGGGAGGGGGAAGAAGAAGGGUGGCAAGAAGCCCGCAAAGAUUGUACCCGAUCCGGAUGCUGCGUAUCGUCAGCAACUGGAUGAGACAGUAUACAUUCCCAAGGUGGCGCGCAAGAAAGUUCUUGAUACCUAUAGGGCGGCAGCUGAUAGGGCGAUCAUGGCGAACACUGUCGACGUAUCGUCACCGCAGCGGGAUGGCCACCGCGAAGGCCCGAUUUCGCUUAUCAAAGUGCCAGGCAUCUUUCAGUCUCUGGGUCUUUGCUUGACUGAUGACCAGAUUGAUCAAAUCACGGCAAUGAUUGCGCAGGAUCCUCAAUGCCUAUCUCAGGAAAAUGAUACGGUCUACCAGAUGGAGCCGAUACAGGGUCUAGGAAAUUUUGCCGACCGUGAAAAGCUACACGCUCUCUUAGUGGAGUUGCUCCACACCCGCGUCCUGGCAUACGACCCUCAGGUGCUCGCCUGUCCCCAUCCCCGAUUCACAGAUCGCGUCUCUUCGGUGGUGUGCAGCGCUACGGAAGGUGACAUUCGCUCCUGUUUCAACACGAUUUGGGAAGCGAGUGGGAGGAUGGUGAUGGUGACUGCGAAUGGGACAUGUACUCGGUGCGUUGCUGUGGAGCAGCUAGAGGGACUUUUGACGAACGCGCAAACCGAGAGCGCCGCCACGCAAAGUCUGACCCCAAAAGAGUUCCGGGACUUGUGCUUUUUUGUCAAGGGUGUGAACGACGAUGUAGUGAAGGAAGACGCUUUUUUGAACUGCUUCAUUCAUGUUCAAUAG